AUGUGCGUUCUGAACGUCAACGUUGGCGUCUUGGGCCAUGUUGAUUCGGGGAAAACUAGCCUAGCAAAAGCACUUAGCACGAUCGCAAGCACCGGCGCGUUCGACAAAAAUCCGCAAAGCAGAAAACGCGGAAUCACUCUCGAUUUGGGGUUCUCUUCAUUCACAGUGGAUUUGACUGGGACGUCUCUUAGGUCUUCAUUCGAGCAGGGCUACAAACAAGUUCAGUUCACUUUGGUUGACUGUCCUGGACAUGGUUCUUUGAUACGAACAGUCCUCUGUGGAUCCCAAAUAAUUGAUAUCAUGCUUUUGGUUGUCGAUAUUUCCAAAGGUUUCCAAACACAGACUGCAGAGUGUCUCAUAAUCGGCGAAAUUACAUGCGACCAGAUGAUCGUGGUUUUGAACAAAAGUGAUUUGCUGAAGGAAGAUGUCCGUGCUUCUCAAAUAGACAAGGUGGAUUUUGUAAACCAACGUCUCACCCCUAUGAAGAAACGGAUUUCGAAAACACUGGAGCAAACCAAGUUCCGGGGAGCCCCGAUAGCAGUGGUUUCGGCGGCGCCUGGAGGCAAUCAGGUUGAUUUCAAACCGGAUGCCCAUCAUCCACCGAAUGAAGAUCUGCAAAAUUUGAUUACCAUACUAAUUCAGACAGUCACCGAUCCGACGGAAAGGCGUGAACGUGUUCGGCAACGCGGAUUCCUCUUUGCCGCUGAUCACUGCUUUACUGUGACUGGACAGGGUACGGUAAUGACGGGCACUGUACUAGCCGGAUCAAUACGUGUUGGAGAGACGAUUGAGUUACCUCGCCAGCGACUCCAGCGAAAAAUCAAAUCCAUUCAAAUGUUCCGCCAGCCUGUCAACUCGAUUGGACCGGGUGACCGAGCUGGAAUAUGUGUACCACAAUUGGAUCCCAGUCUUCUGGAGCGUGGUCUGGUUGGCACACCGGGUGGUAGUCUCCAAACGUGUCAUGCUUGCGUCCUAGGCGCAGUCCGAAAGAUUUCCUACUUCAAGAAUCCCGUGUUAAGCAAAUCCCGCUUUCACAUAUUCAUCGGUCAAGAAACGGUUCUGGCUCAGCUCACCUUCUUCGGCCUACCGAAAGCCAGUGAAGUGGCUUUGGACUUGCAGCAGAACUACGUGUAUUUAUCGGAGUUACCCACUGAAGCUCAAGACCAGGUCUGGGUUCUUGUCGAAUUUGAACGCCCCGUCGUGUGUUACACCGGUGCUGUGGUAAUUGGUGCCAGGCUUGACAGCACUUCGGCCACCGCGUGCCGCCUGGCAUUCCAUGGCAAAGUCCAAAUGCAAAUUUCUGAGCCCAACUACAAACAGACAGUACUUCCACAGCUUUGUGUUUACAGGUGCAAAACCAGACGUGGACAGAUUGAUCGAGUCAUGGAUUCGCGCACUUGUGUGGUUCGUGGGCUGUUCAAACGCGAGACAAACUGGGAUGUCUUUGUCGGUCUACGUGCGCAUGUCGAACAAGAUGCACCUGGUGAUGGGGAUUCAGGGGAACCACGUCGGUUGUGCACUGGACGCAUCGAAUCGAGCUUUGGGCAAAGUGGGAAAUGUCGGCUGGUACUGGACGAUGACCUGCCUGAAGCGGUGGUGCGAUGUUUUGCGCGUAAAUCUGGGAAGAAAGCGGAAAUACCGUCAGAUACUUCUCGGUGUAACUUUUGUGUAGUGUUGGAAUUCAAGCGCUUUCUCUUUGACCCGAAACGACGCCUUGUUCAAUGAUGUACCCUUUUUGCUUUGCUGUGUCAUGUCAAGUAACUACCCUUUAUUCAAACUGAGAAUUAUGCACAAUGUUCUCAUCAGGAACGAUUUUUACUUUUAGUUUUGUACAUAAUCCGUUUUUGUGAUGUCGGUAUUUGCUGAAUUUCUGCAAUAUUCGUGCUUAGUUCACAGUCAU